GAUUUAUAUAAUACCCAUAUAUAAUUAAAUGAAUGCAUAUAUACAUACUUCAGGAUGUUCACCCGCAACAACAGAAUGGAUUACCAACUGUUCUUUAACACAAGGGGAGCUUUUAGACCUGUGGGCUGGAAUGGACUGGUUGCAGUACUAUGCCUUUUUGAUGUUUUCGUGAUCUUCUGGAAGGAAAAUUAUUUGUCUGAUAUGAUGCUUCUACUAUCGAUGGUAAUGAUAUUUGCAACUGCACGAUUCCUGUCUGGGCUGACACUGAACAUAUGCAAUCCGCUACGCCGUGCCACAUCACUUUGGAGCCCCUUGGUUGCAAUCCUACUGAUGGUUCCCCCUCUGUCCAACGAAGUUAUAGGCCCAUCGACCAGUUGGAUUGUAUUCACAGCACUACUUGUGCCAGUGCUAUUGGUAACAAUAAGCAGGCUACAGUUCACCAGAAUCGUCAAACUAGCGGAUAGUAUUCUUGGCAUCAAACAUGAAAUUUGGUGCCGAGUUGUUAUAAACUUGUGGAUGAUUGCUGCGCUAGGGAUACAGGUGUACAUGCUACACUUAGAUCCAUUCAUGGACAUGUCUAUUAUCAUGAUGGUCCAAGUGUGUGCCUUGGUGGUGGUGUCAUUUGGCAACUUCCAGGUUCCAGCAGCAGUGUUGCGUAUCUGCCUAGCAAGCUUGAGAUUACAGCAUAAGUACAAGGAUGAUGAACAGAACCUGGCAGCAUCUCUUAAAAUCUUCUAUUGGAUGGUGCUUGGACAAGGAAUCCUUUAUGUUGUGGCUUGCAUUCUCGAGUUCUUUUCUUUCAUCCCUCGGAGAUUCCUUGUCCAUUGUGGUGGGUUUAGAGGUUACUGGGGAUCUGUCGAUCUGUACUAUGCAUAUGCCCUAGAGAAAUGAAUGCAAGAAGGUGUGCUUGCUCCAAUGAAGAUCAGCCUGAGCAACUUUGCCAUGGAUUCUGUAAAUUUGGAUUCAUCCAAGAAUCAGCUCCACGGUAUUCGUUUGAUGCACAGCUUUCUGCAAUGGGAGCCAACCAAGGCACAACUACUUUCAACACUCACUACUUCUACCAAGACGGUGGCCAGAAUAAUCAGAAUGUUGGAUCGGACAAGUCCAAAGGAUACAGGUAUCAGAAUAUAUGCUGCGAUGGUCACCACUGAACUUGCAAAGAACCUUCGUGUGGUCACUAUCCCUGGUACAGUGCAGCUUGUAUCUGCACUUCUUGACACUGAUAUCAGACUGAAAAGAGGAAAUCCACUCCUAGACACAUACCAUGAACAAGAAGAAAUACAUGAUCCAGUUGUCAAUACAGAAGAUACCCAACAAGCAGCUGACAACCAAUUGCAGAAACGAAGCAAACUUCUGGUUCUGGACACCGAAAAUCUGAUGCAAACACAAACGAGCUCGACCCAACAAGUUGGCAUCUACAAAAAGAAGUCCUUCAUGCUCAGAUGCUGGCAGCGAUUUUCAGAAUUCUGGUCAAUGCCCAAGGAUCAGCUGCUCACAGACCACGAUCUUCUGCCUGCACUAGCCAUGUCAAUUAUAGACAGUCUUGCUAGCUGUGAUCAAGACAUUUGUGUGGAAAUCAGCAAAGCAGAUUACCUCAUUCCGAAGAUCAUCGGAUUCACAAGCUACAGAAGUGACACGAUGAAUACUGAGGCACAGCAGAAGAUACUGCUGAAAUCAUCACUGAAGGUGCUGCAAAGGCUAACAAGCAUUGGUGGGGAAAUCGGCACAACACUGCGGUACAAGAUAUCAAAACAUCCCUUCCUAUUGAGUAACCUCUCAGACAUCCUUGGAGACAACAGCAGCAGCCAGGAAUCAAGGAAGUUGGUUGCGGAAAUCCUCAAAAACAUUGCCAUUGAUGAGAAAACGAGGCAGGACAUUGGUUGCGUCGAAGUGAUCAUUACCAAGCUGGUGCAGGCAUUUCUUUAUGCAGAAGGAACCAUGAAUACCAAUGCUGAUCACUUGCUGCGAAAGGUCGCCGGGCAAGCACUGGCCAUGCUGACAAUAGAAAGUGUCCAUAACUGCUUGGUUAUAUUGAAGGAACCAGAGUUGAUGAAGGAACUCAAAACUAUGAUCCUGAUCCAUGAUAAUAAGUACAUAUAUGUGGCGGCAAGUGUGUUGAGUAAUCUGAGCAUGCACGCUCGAUCCAAGCUCAAAGAGUCAGACCUGCAGGAGUUAUCUCAUACCUUACGAGAGGUGACCGCUGCUAAUUCAAGCAAUAUGUGCACUAUUACAGAUGGAUAA